CAACACAUCCUCUCCUGCGUAAGCAAACUUCCAACCGCAAUUCCCUUUUCUUUCUUUCUUUGUAUAUAUGGCUGCAUGAAACUCCUGUUGUAGUUUCAUGUGGUGACUUCGGAUAAUAAGAUGCUCCACUCCAUGGAGAGAAAGAAAAGUAACUUUGGUUGGAUUAUUUCUGGAUGAAAUGAGGCAGUUUGGUGUAUAGAGGGGCGCAUAUUGGACUUGUCAUGCCUUCUAAGAUUUUUACAAUAAUUUGUUAAUUUUUUUCUCUCGGUGCACAGUAUUAAUAUAUUUUUUUGGAAGUGCACAGAGUUCCAGCCUUUCCCCCGUCAUGGAAAACCUCACCAUGGAUAACCUGACUAUGGAGAAUGACACAUCGCUGCACGACAACCAGACCCUGGGUGUUUGGACUGACUACUCUGUUGAAUACAAAGUGAUGAGCGUGUUUUUGGUAACCCUCAUAUGCGGGGUGGGGAUCGUGGGGAACGCGAUGGUCAUACUUGUGGUCCUGACCACCAAACACAUGCGGACUCCCACUAACUGUUACCUGGUGAGCUUGGCGGUCGCAGACCUGAUGGUCCUGACGGCCGCCGGGCUGCCCAACAUCACCGACGCCCUGCGUGGACAGUGGGUAUACGGCUACGCGGGCUGCCUGGGGAUCACUUAUUUCCAGUACCUCGGAAUAAACGCAUCCUCCUGCUCCAUCACCGCCUUCACAGUGGAGCGCUACAUCGCCAUCUGUCACCCCAUCAAAGCGCAGUUCUUGUGCACUCUAACCAGGGCUAAGAAGAUCAUCAUGCUGGUGUGGACGCUCACUUCUGUCUACUGCUUCAUGUGGCUCUUUCUCUCAGAUACCAAAAAGUUGGUGUACGACAACGUGGUACUGCUCACCUGCGCCUACAAAGUGUCCAGGAGUCACUACCUCCCCAUUUACUUCACGGAUUUUACGGUGUUUUACGUGCUGCCGCUCAUGCUGGCCACGGUUUUAUACGGACUGAUCGCCAGGAUACUUUUCCUCAAUCCGCUGCCUUCAGACCCAAAGGGCGGCAGCAAGAAGUGGAAGAGGGAGAUGAGUCAGGGAGGAAGGAUGGUCAGCACCUGCUCCUCCAGCAGCACCACGGCUGCCUCUCGCAGACAGGUGACAAAGAUGCUAGCUGUGGUGGUGAUCCUCUUCGCCUUACUUUGGAUGCCCUAUCGGACCUUAGUGGUGGUCAACUCUUUCCUGGACAAAGCCUACCUGGACACCUGGUUCCUGCUCUUCUGCCGUCUCUGCAUCUAUCUAAACAGUGCGAUCAACCCAGUCAUCUACAACGCCAUGUCCCAGAAAUUCCGCACUGCUUUUAAGAAGUUGUGUCACUGUGGUCCUCAGCGCGCAGAGAAACCUACAGCAUCCUACAGCGUGGCGCUUACCUACAGCGUCAUCAAAGAGAUGUCCAACGGGGAGAGUCCGGACCAUUUCACGACAGAAAUGGACAAGCUGCACUCACCAACUGAUCAGUACCUACCUGACAGCAUCCUGCCAAGUGCCCAAAAAAUGCUGUAUGAGCAGUCGUCCCUGUCUGGCAGAGAUCUUAAAGCCUGACUCGAAACAAACUUUGCACCUUAAGUGGGUAUCAGAAAUUCUAUCAGCUUCAAUAUGAAUUCAGUCCUUUUUAAUUAAAGAUGUGCAGAGAUGUCUGAUUUAAUUUUUCCAACAUGUUUCCUCUUGAAAAUAUUUUAUUUGACAAGAACAUUUGUCAGAGAUCCUGCCUUGUACUGUUGGAUUAAAAUAUUUUGCACAAAAAGAGUGAGAUCACAAAUCACCAAAAAUACAGUUUACCCAUACCAAUGUGCAGCAGUAAUUCAUAUUUUUGCUGAGAAAAUCUCUGCUUGUAUGUGAUGUAGAGACAAAACAGGAAUCAUUAAUGAUGAAUACAGUAAUGCACCUAAUCUCUAUAAUACAAAGUACAAAGUUGCCUUUUAGGUGAAUUUUACCCUCACAGGAUAAACUUGCAUGAAGCGGUUUGUCAACGUUUAUUCUACAGUUUGCAUGACUGGUUUGGCAGACUGUUUCCUCACCUUAUCUCCCUCUUCAUGCUAAACAGAGACAGCUUCAUAAAUUUCACUAAAUAGUAUGUCAUGGUCUCCACACAGUGGGUAUUUUCAGACUGGGAAUCUGUUUAUGUCACAUUCGAAUUCACUGAUAAGCUGCACAGUCUGAAAUUUAACUGCUUGUUCACUCUCACCGCUUGCUUCCUUUCCGCCACCGUCGGCAUAUGUUUACAGCAAAAAGCUCUCAACUGCCACUCUGCGCUACCUACUCAACAGCAAACAACAGACGAAGUCUGCAGCUGCACCUUGUGAAAACACCAGGUAUAAGGACAGAUAUUUGCACCUGGAAUUACCAUUUGCUCUUUGAAUUAUUGGAUCUAAAUUUGCAAGGUGACCAAAUACAUGGCUGCAGGUCGUUUGAACUGCUAUUUUAUUUAUUGAGUCGUUACUUAACAUAUACAUUGAUCAGGCACAUUAAAACUACAGACAGGUGAAGUGAGUUAUUGUGCCAUGCUUGUUACCAGCCUAAACAGUUUUUCAGACCAGUCAACCAACAAAUCUUCUUUAAGAAUGUUGCUCUUUGUUUCUGCAGUCAGUGUCUAGCACAAUUAACUGGGUAGUAAAAUGUUUACUUUGGUAAAAGAUCAUGUGAGGGGUUGGAUUAUUUUCUCCUAGACUCCCAUCAUGUUUGGAUUUAAAUCCUAACAUCCGGAGAUACAGAAAGCCUGCAGGUUAGCUUUCACUUUCCAUAAUCCAAGAAUAUAUCCAUGUUUUAGGUUAAAUCCAGAAUAAGCUCACUGCUGGUUUUAUGCCAGAUUUGACACAAUUUUCAGACUCUACACAUAAGAUCACAAAGUGCUGCUACUUGAAUUCUUUUACUUCUUUUCUACAAACAAUAUGGCCACACAGCUGGUGAGACAGUAAAGCUAAAAGUGGGGAAGAAGAACAUUAUCCAGUGUUUUGUUUCAUCAAAGUUAGUGGAACUUUUGAGCUCUCCGUUGUCAAAAUAAUAAUAACAAUAAUAGUAGUUAUUAUUAUUAUUAUUAUUAUUAUUAUUUCUAUUUUAAUAAUCCUAGUUGGGAAAUUCGGCUCUGCAUUUAACCGUGUCUAGAUGUACUAGAGAACAGUGGGCUGCCAUGUUUCUGUGCCUAGGGAGCAUUUGGGAGGGGUAACAAAGCACAAGAAGCAUUUAAAUUUAGCAUCUUUUGGCACAUUAAAUUCAUCUUCAAACUAAUUUGGGAAAAAGAUUUGUUUUGUUACUGUGAAUGUUUGAGUGUUAAAUCAGCUUUGUAGUCACCUGGAAUCACACUUGUUAAAGAUGAGUAAAUACCUCAAACCUUUAGGCUGGGUGAAAUAAAUUGUCUCUUUGUUUUUCUAUGUAUUAAACACAGAAGAUGUAUUAUGUCAAUCGUUUUUUAAAUGAGUAGAAAAGUAUUGGACUACUUGUACUUGUCCCCAUCACUGCUCAGAUGCAGCUUUGUUUUAUGGUGGGAUUAGAACAUUAACAGAUAACAUAACAUAUCAAGAUUAUAGCCAAGCUUUUCAGUUAGAACCCCAGUCAUGGAAAUUACUGUUAAUACACCCUGUACUGAUCAUUUUACCAGCUCUAUUGUACCGGGGCUUUUACAAGUGGAGCAAAGUUCUUCCCUCUUUGUUGAUGUGCAUCCCCACCUCAAGCCGUGUAAUUCAAAUUAAUCCAAAUGCACAACACCGUGACAUUUUAAUUUUGCUACUAGUGGAAAAGCACAGAUGUGAAAUUAUAUGACCUUUGAAAAUUCUCCCAGAAUAGAAGAGGCAGAUAUCAGGUACUCCAUUAAACCUGCUGUGCCAGUUUAAAUUCACCUGAACGCUAAUGAUUUCUGCAGGGACGAGUUAGAUUAGUCGUUAUGUGACAGACACAACAAAGCCUAUGGUCACUGUGAAGACGAUCACUGUGUAUGCAAAGGGAAGAGCCUAUGAAGGUCAGUCUAUCAUAAUCAGGAAGCUAUUGUCCAUGUUUCAGAGGCUGUUCUUUGAAGGGGUUGGAUUUCUGUUGUGGAAGUCAUUUACAGACAUUGGCUGAGACUGCUGAAUGCACCACUUUUCUGUGAUUUAUCUGCUCAGUAAAACCCCACAAAGCAAUGAUGGAAUGUGUAAGUAGAUUGCAACAAAGUGCCAUUGCUGAAUUGGUGCAGUCCAGACUAUGUAUAUAGCUCACCCUGCUAUUAAAAGAAAAGUUUUAUGGUGUCUCUUUAAACUACAUAUAAUUGUACCAUUAAAGGGCCCUGAGAGGGAAUUACACAGUUGAUGAAAGCAACCCUUUUUUUUUUGUCUAUAUUGUAAAGUUGCUUGGAAUUGAUUGUGCAGUGCAAUGUGAAAUUCAUGCAGUAUUGUAUUCUUCAAUGUGUGCCAGCAAAAGCAUAUUUUAGUAUAAUAGCCUGUUUUGAUCAUUUCUUUCAUUAGUCUUUUUGCCAAUGUUGCAAUGCUGUGAGUGAAAAAAAAUCUCCAAUGUGGAGCAGGUAAGAAAACAUUAGCAUAAAAACUUUCAUUGUAGCUUAAAGUACCUCACAUUUGUACACUUAUUCAUAUCUCCCUUUUGUUGAAACGUGUCUCACUUUUAGAUAAAAACCAAACAGUUGUGAUGCAGAUGUUUUCUGUUCUGCACGGUGUGCAGUUUGCUGCAUGAACACAAGCUUUUGUGAUGUGAACAUAAGAAUCUGUACCACUGUAUCAACAUGUGAGACGAUGUUUUUUGCACAUUUUUGUCUCUUUUUUUCUGCUGUUGCUGCUUGAUGGAUUGUUUUGUAUUUUGUGUUGUUCUUUGUCUAUAAUAAAAAGU